UGUGAGAGACUUUCUCUUUACCUGAGAGCUCUUUUCACCUAUUGCGUGGGUGUUUUUAAUUCUACAGCCGCCAACCCUAGCUACGGCUGAGGUCGCGGUGGCGGUCCCUUUCUUUUUCUCUUUGCUUUCUCCCUUCUUUCCUUAUGCUGUUUUUCCCUUGCUCUCCAUUCUGAUUUGCCUUGUUCUUUACACCCCAUCGGCGUCCCUUCUCCUAGACCAUAUCCACUUCGAUGUGCAGUCAGUCUUUACCGCAAUUUGUUGUUGCACAUCCAAAUGAUGUAUAGAGUUCCGGUGUUCCUACCGACUUAGUGUUCAUAACACCACCAUUUUCUUCCUGUCUAUCUUUGUUGGCAGCGUUGCUCGUGGACUCCCACAUGCAUGUUUCACUUUGUGGCUGCAAACGGAGAGUUGCUCGCAGCAGGAUGAUACGAUCGGCGUGGCGCUGCUUGGCUGGUCGAGAUGCACUUUUGCGGAGGCGGUGUGACAAACGCGCUGAGCUUGAAUUACUACGACAAGAGCUGUCCCAAUGUCGAGCAAAUUGUUUCUAAUGCUGUCAAGAAGGGGAAAGCCAACGACAGAACUGUCCCUGCCGCUCUACUCCGGAUGCACUUCCACGACUGUUUCAUAAGGGGCUGUGAUGCAUCUGUGCUGUUGAACUCCACCAGUGGCAACAAAGCAGAGAAAGAUGGGCCACCAAAUAUUUCUCUGCAUGCGUUUUAUGUCAUUGACAAUGCAAAGAAACAAGUGGAGGCUUCCUGCCCUGGUGUCGUUUCAUGUGCUGAUAUCUUGGCUUUCGCAGCAAGGGACGCUGUUGUGCAAUCCGGAGGUCCGAAUUGGGCCGUGCCGAAAGGAAGAAAAGAUGGACGAACAUCAAAGGCUAGUGAAAGCGUGCAACUGCCGGGUCCAACCUUCAACAUAUCUCAACUGCAGCUGAGCUUCUUUCAGAGAGGUCUGUCCUUGAAUGACCUGGUGGCUCUUUCAGGUAAACUAAUCUCAAAAUUUCAACUGUUAUUUUAUACAUGCAAGUUAUCGAAGAAGAAACGAAAGAGAGUAACUUCGGAUGCAUCUGCAGGAGGGCACACUCUAGGGUUCGCCCACUGCUCAUCGUUCCAAAACAGAAUUUACAACUUCAAUGCCACACGCGACGUUGAUCCAACACUGCGCCCGUCCUUUGCUGCAAGUUUGAGGAAUACGUGUCCCAUCAAGAACAGACCAAGGAACGCCGGUGCUACAAUGGAUUCUUCUUCUACAAUUUUUGAUAAUACAUACUUCCAGUUGAUCCUCCAAGGGAAGAGCUUGUUUUCUUCGGACCAAGCUCUGGUCAGUAUUCCACAGACUAAAGGUUUGGUUACCAAGUUUGCUUCCUCAAACCAAGCGUUCUCAGACGCUUUCGUGAAGUCUAUGAUAAAGAUGAGCAACCUUAAUGGUGGACAAGAGAUCAGGAAAGACUGCAGGGUAGUAAAUUAAACGAGGGCCGCCAAGCUUAGUUGUAGCCGAUUGUAUAAACAUGAGAACCGGGAAAUCCAUCAAGUAGGUGGUUCUCUAUCAUUAACUUUCGUGUUUUGAAAGAUUUGUGAAGGAAA